AUGUCAUCUUCUCGCAGCUUUACCGUAUUCGUCGACCAGCCCGCUCGGGCGGCGCCUAAGUCAAAUGAGCCCCCGGUCACGCUCUCGACCACGUCGACCACGGCAGAUGCCCUGAAGGAGAACCUGCACCCCGUCACCGGCGAGAAUCCCACCACAUCCUCUGAGACAACAGCCAAGAAACGCAAAAGCAACGUUCUUGCCACGAAGUCAUAUAUCCCACCUGUAACCGCGUCUGCCGCCAAGAAGGGCAAGGCACCUGCCGUGGAUGCUUCCGCGCAGGAGAGUAAAGUCGAACCUCGCAAACGUGCUGCGGCCUCCGGACAAGACGGCAAGCUUCUGACGAAGAAGCCAAGGCGCCUUGUUAGUGCUGGCCGUGUGCGCACGCUCAAGGACCUGCCCAGGGUGGAGGAGGAACCCGAGCCUGCAAGUUCCGUAUCGAAGGCGACCCCCACCAUCGAGGCUUCUCCUUCGAAGACUGCGGUUGAAGGGGCCAGUACUCAAUCAAGCGGUACCGCACUGGCGAUGGAGGACCUGGCUCGUGCCCUCGACGAAAUCUCACUUGAAGUUGCGUCGUCUGUGGUCGCGGCUCAGACCCAGACCCAGCCUCCCGAUUCGGCCAUUCUAGCCUCGAUCUCUAUCGAGCCGAAGCCAGAGACAACCCUAUCCGACGCCGCGUCUCCACCCAAGCCCGCGCCAAUCUCAAAUCCGCUUCCUAUCACGCCAAAGACGGCUGUAUUCACGUUCCCGGUUUCUGCAAAGAAAGCGAUGAAGAAGACGACUAAGAGGAAGAAAGGCAAAGCCGUUGCGAAGAAGGAGGACGCCGCUUUCUCCACGCCUGAGCGCAAACUCAUUUAUUCCGCAUUCACGUUCUCAACGCCUUCGCCUUCGUCUCAGCGCUUCGCCGCGGCGUCCCGUCCUACAGGCAUGGAGGCCCCGUGCUUUGGGGACUCCAAGUACAGCUUCGGCUUCUGA